AUCAUCAACGCUUGCACUGUUACCCUAAUUCUUCUCCGAUGCUUCCGCUCCUCGCCGGAGUUCGCUUCUCCUCAUCCUCCACCGCUUCUACGGCAUUCUCAUUAGAUUAACUUUCUUCGAGUCGUCAGCCUCUUCACCGAGCGACUGAUCUAAUCUUGCAGAACUCUUUCGGGUAGAUUGAGCAAAUCCGAGUCGCCGGUAGAAAUGUUUACCAAUCACAAGCGACAGGCGGAGAGGACAGGGAGGUCCGGUACUCCUCGAGCUCAAUAUCUCCAGGAGCUUGUGUCAGAGUUCCAGAAGGCAACAAAUGAAGAAUCAAAAGAGAGAAUUGUGGCCAAUUUGGCUAACUUUGCCUAUGAUCCUUACAAUUAUGAAUUUCUGCGCCAGGUACGGUAUCAGCAUAUUUACUUGUCAUGGUACCUUAUUCUAUCAUUAAUGUCAAUUCAUUUGUGGAAGCAGCUUAAUGUUUUGGAACUAUUCCUGGACUGCAUUACAGAGCCAAAUGAAAAACUUGUUGAAUUUGGCAUUGGUGGGAUCUGCAACUCUUCUGUUGAUCCAGCAAAUGCUGCAUUGAUCAUUCAAUGCGAUGGAGUUCCUUUGGUGAUACAGUGCUUAUCUAGCCCGGUUAGAAACACUGUGUCCUAUGCUCUUGGAGCUCUCUACUAUCUUUGCGAUCAUUCUUCUAAAAAGGAGAUCUUGAAACCAGAGGUACUGGAAAUAAUCCGAAGGUAUGCAGCAGCCGGAUCUAUCAACCUCACGUUGAGCAAUUUGGCAAAUGCCUUUUUGCAGAAACAUGUAAACCAAUGACAUCGGUCUCCUGCAUCCCUUUUUAAUGUGCAUGGAAACUAGCAUCAGCCACAAGGAGCGAAGCAUGUGCUGCUGUUGAUGAGGAUCACACGACCGGCCAACAAGGACUUGUCCCCGUGGAGCGGCGUCGUUGGUGGUGGUCUUUUUCUUCGUGGGAGGAGGUUGAGUAUGUCUAACACACGUGAAGUCGACUGAUCUGGGUUAGUUGACGAAAUCCUGAAAAAAAAUUAGUAGAGAUUGAAGUCAGAUGGAGAGAUAAUUGAGAUUUGGUAGCUUGCUUAAGAGGACUUGUGGCAAUGCAGCAGCUUCCUUUGUCAGGACAUGCAAAAUGCAAUCUCUAAUAAACUUUUGAUCAUGUGCCAAAUUGAGU